ACAUUUUUAUUUCAUGAUAUACGUUUCAUACAGUUUCCUGUUUUAAAUUGUGAUCACAACUAAUGGCAUCAACGAUGAGAAGUUAUUAUUAAUCAUUAGUUAUAAGAAAUGUUAUAUUUAAUUUAAUAGUUAAUGUUGGUUAGACCUUUUUUACCUCUUAGAACAUUUUACCGAGAAAAACUGCGUAAAAACUUCAUGUGUAUGGGUUUUAUGGGUAUUCAAUUAUGCCUAAUUUUUAUAAAUUCUAAAAGAUCGUUUUAUUUAUAAUCCAUAGUUAUAGUUACAAUAAUUAUUAAAUAUUGUAUUUUUUUAAUAUAACAUUUAUUGUAGUAUUUUAACUGAAGUUAAGACAUGAUUUAUAACUAUUAUUUUAUGUGUAUUAUUAGAAGAUAAUCAUUCAAGUUGAAAAUGUACUCAGCAAAAUAAUUCUAAAAUUUCAUAUUUAAUUUAUUAUUAAAGAUGGCGUCCAUGACUAUAUUUGAAAUUGAAUCUAAAAUGGCUGGUAAAGUUAUUGGUCGUUGUGGAGAAAGAAUCUCUAGUAUACAACAAGAUAGUGGGGCUACUGUUAAAAUAUUAGACAGUGAGUCUCCAAACUUACGUAAAGUAAAGCUGACAGGUACUGAAGAACAACAGUCAAUUGCAAAAAACCUUGUAGAAUCUAUUACAGGUAAAAUUUUUUCAUUAAAAAUUAUACCAGUGUCUUCUUUACCUAAAAAUAGACAGUAUAAAAGCUCUGAAGCCACAACUUCAGAACUAGAACCUCAAAUACCUUUAAAAAUAGUAUCACACACCCGUAGAACAAAACCCAAAAGAAGUGAACGUAAACCUUCACCUCCUGAGAGGAUUUUUCUCUCUGAAGAAGUUUGGACUGAGAUUCGUCGUGAAAAUGAAGAAAGAGAGCGUAAAAAACUAGAGACUUUACCCAAAAUUAUAAAAGAAUUUUAUGUUGAACACAGUGAUAUAAAAAAUAUUAGCGACAAGGAAGUUGAAGAAUUUAGACUUGCUAAAAAUAAUAUAAUGGUAAAAUAUGUAAAAGAUGAUCAUGGACUCAUUCCUAAACCUGUUAAAUAUUUUGAACAUGCUUUCCAUAAUUAUCCAGAGAUAAUGAAACAAAUUAAUAAACAAAAAUUUAAUGAACCAACACCAGUACAAUGUCAGGCAUGGCCUAUUAUUAUGAGUGGGUAUGAUUUGAUAGCUAUAGCACAAACAGGUACUGGUAAAACAUUAGCUUUUAUUUUACCAGCUUUAAUACAUCUUGAACGACAACCCAUUCCAAAAAAUAAAUAUAUUGGUCCAUCAAUAUUAAUAUUAGCUCCAACUAGAGAACUUGUACUUCAAAUAGAACAUGAAGUAAAAAAGUAUACUUACAAUGGAAUUAAUGUUGUUAGCAUUUAUGGUGGUGCCAGUGCAGAAACUCAAACUCAUAAUUUAGAACAUAAAAAACCUGAGAUCAUUGUGGCUACGCCUGGGAGAUUAAAUGAUUUUUUAUGUACUCAAACAGUUGAUAUUUCUCAUGUUUCAUAUUUAGUUUUGGAUGAAGCAGAUCGUAUGCUUGACAUGGGUUUUGAAUGUCAAAUUCAAACUGCUUUAAUGUACGUAAGAUCUGAUAGGCAAACAAUCUUAACUAGUGCCACUUGGCCAAUCGGAGUGAAAUGUCUAGUUGAUAAAUACACAAUUAAUCCUUUACAUGUAACAAUUGGAACAUUUGAUUUGACUACCGUUAAUACUGUGAAACAAGAAAUUAUCAUAAUUAAUGAGAAUAAAAAAGAUCAAUGGUUAUUGAAUUUUAUGAAAAGGUUAUCAGGUGAUGACAAAAUUAUAAUUUUUAUGCGGACAAAAGUAUCAGUGGAUCUUUUGUAUGACAAGUUAUGUAAAAGAAAUGUAAAAUGCCGAUGUAUACAUGGAGGCAGAGAACAAAUUGAAAGGGAAAGAGCUGUAAAAGACAUGCGGACAAAUAAAGUAUCUGUUUUAGUUGCCACUGAUGUAGCAUCCAGAGGAUUGGAUAUUCAUAAUAUAACUUUGGUUAUUAAUUAUGAUUUUCCAACUAACAUUGAGGAGUAUGUACACAGAGUAGGUCGUACUGGCCGAGCUGGUAAAACAGGAUCUGCAAUAACAUUGUUUACUAAAAAUGAUGCACAUAGUGCAACUGAGCUCAUUGAUAUAUUAAUAAAAUCAGGUCAAACUGUACCCGAGGAAUUACAUAAAUUAGAAAAAAUGUAUACAGAAAGUUUAAAAACCCAAGAUUUUGAAUGAUGAUUUAAUUUUGAAUUUAAAAUUAUUUUUAUAAAAAUCUUUAAGUAUUUUAACUUUCAUUUUUCUCUUUUAUAUUUUUCUUCAUAGUAUGUAAACACUUAAUUAUGAAAUUAACUAAUAACUAUAUCAAAAGAGUGAAUUU